AUGCCCGGUAGCCCAUCGCACCAGAAGCCACAACUGGCAUGGUCUGCUCCUAUUUCUCAUGCAUACGGUUCUACACAUCUGACACAGCAGCCCACUUCGAGUCCCGCGCGAUUUGCGGCCGCUCAUCAUGGGCACUAUGCCCCACCGGUGCCAAUAACUUCUUAUCCCACCCCCGUGCCCUCGCAGCCUCACUACCAUCAUAUUCAUCGCUCAGACACACGCUCACCAGGCGUAUCGCCGACAAUGGUGACUUAUGAGCCCUUUAUACGUGCGGUAGAAAUCGCUCUCCAUCCAAUGUUCGAGACACAAAACAACGCGACGUUCGUGCGAGUUGGAGAGAUGGAAGCACGUAUUUCGGGACAGGUCAACCGAUUGGCCAAAAUGAUUGAGCAAGCGCAUCAUGCGCAGUUACGGACAACGGAUGUGGUGGUAGGUCGCCUACAACGUUUGGAGGAAAUGCUAGGAGUACCGGCAACAGGAGAAGAGCAGUACUCUUCCGUUUGGGAGAGACUGGAUGCAAUCGAUUUUGAAGUCUCCGAGAUCCUAGAGAAGACUGAGAUAUUGCAUGCACCUGAAUUCAAGCGAGAAUCCGUUGUACAGCCUGAAGUUGGGAUUGACCCCAUAUCAGAAACGAAUGCUGUCCAGAACAAAGGCAAUCGAAACAGACUGUCACCGUCUUAUCCUCAAUCAUCGAAACAUCGAAAAACUCAUCAACUACCAUCAGUAUAUGCUGACGCUGCGACCGAUCCUUGGCCAGCGGUUCAAUCUACGCCAAUCGUGAGCAAUGCUCAAGCAGGGCCGAGUCGGCCUAACCGAUAUGACAAUAUGUAUCGAGGAACAGAGGCCUCACCCGUGUCAUCGAGGGGACUUUCUGAAAAUAGGCCCGACCUAUUUGCCUCUGUCAAUGUCUUAGACCGUGUCUUCAAUUCUCGCCCAAAUCAGAUUUUCCACGCUUCCUCUCCAUUUUCCGAUGGGCGCUUUUCCUUAGAACCCCUAGCCCCUGCAGACUGGACGGCAGAAGCGAAUCUGCCAGACCUGCGCCGCGAUAUCAAUUCCGAAAAACAACAUAGUGCUCAUCCGAAGGACGAUGUUCUUUAUGAAACUGUGAACCCAUCUGUCUUUCACUCACCAUUGCAGCCACCACUACCAUUGGGCUCAUCGUUAACGCCUCCUGAGCCUGCCAUCAAAAAUUUAGUACCUUCUACUUCGUCCUCUCGGGACUCAUCUGUCAUACGACAGCUCCUCUCUUCCGACCCUGACACGAUCACAGUCGACACUCAGCCGCCCUCUGUGUCCUUAGACACGCAACUCGUAAACCCGUCGCACCCGAACCAGGUGAAGGCAGACGAGCUUUCUUCUCUCCCGUUCAGUAUCAGCCCACUUCUCCCACAACCUUAUCCAGGCAUAUGCACUUCUCCGCGCCGGUCCGAGUCGGACUUGUCGUCGCUGACAGACUCGAGCGAUCGCUCCUCUCUUGAGUCGGAGGACGAAAAGCAACACCCCCGCUCCUUGACACCUGCACUCAAGCUUAGGCUCAGGAUCAAGCCUGAUUCAGCUGCGCAUGAGCAUACCAACAAACUUGUCAACACGAGUAGCAAACGUGCACGGUCGACGGCUGGAGGCGGCGACACAACUUUUGCGUCAAAUAGGAAGAGAAGAAAGUCGAGACCACCACCGAAACCACGAACAGCCGCGUCUAGGCCAGCAAAGAGAAGGCGAAAAUCAGAGGCGAUUGCUUCACAGAAGGACAUCUCCAAAGGUCGCUCGAAAAACAGGAGAAUGGCGAGAGACUCUCUCCUUCAGGGUGCUUGGCCCGAACGUACACAAGGGGAUGACGCGUUUCAUAGAGCAUGCGAUCAGUACGUGGCGCCACUUGAAUUGAUGAUGUCGUCAUGUUUGAGCCUUUUCUGUCGAUGCAACCAUCUAGAUGCUAUCUGUGGUAUCAUUGGAGCUGUGCAGGCCUUGACAAUGACGGUCGACAAAGUGGGGGAGAGGAGUGUGAUUUUGUGUGUCCACCCUGUGUGGCUCAUCCUCCCUCGUCGAAAAAAGCUUGAGGGGGGCGGCAAAUGUUUACGCCCAGACUGUUCUGAACCAGGAGAAGACGAGUUUUUUGUCGAGCGCAUUAUCGGGAGAAGGCCUAGACAGGACAAACAUGACGGCUUUUUGUGGCUGGUGAAGUGGACCGGGUACGACGUCACGGAAGCAGGCUGGACACCCGACGAAAACAUGGGAGACAAUGCACUGCUUGUCCAGGAGUUCGAGAAUGCUGCGCAAAGCGAAAACCAGUCGUUGGAGAAUAACACAACUGUCUUGUUGAAGGAGGCGAGGGAUGCGGGCUGGUAA